GCUUCUCACAGAAAAUAGUCACCAGAAAAAAUGGAAACAACUCCAAGACACUCGUGUCUAAAGCUUCAAAUCCCCAACUCCACUGAACCCAUCUUCGUAAAAGGCACAUGGUAUCAGACACACUUCAACCUCUCCAUCACCGACGGCCUCAACGCUUGGCUCUGCAAUGCGACGGAAGAAGAGGUGAGAGAGAGAGCGGCGCAGUGGGACCAACCGGUCACCGAAUACGUCAAUUUGGCCGAGCGGUAUCUAGGGUUUCAACAGCCUGGCUCGGUUUACGGUUUCAAUGAUGCUAGUAAUGGGUAUAAAAGAUUGUCAUGGACCUUUGAGAAAGAAGGGACAAAGCUUGAAUGGAGGUGGAAAUGUGAACCUGCACCAAAUAGCAAGAGUGUUACAGCAGGAAUUUUGGACUUUCUGAUGGAUGCUAACAUUAGGCUCAGUGAUGAAGUUGUCAGAAAAACUCAAUCUUUUGAGAGGCUAAAAGUGGAGGCUGAGAAAUCUUUGGCUCAAAGUGAGAGACUUAACAAGGAGAAGGUGGAGUUUGAAUCUGCAAUCUACACAAAGUUCCUUGGCGUCCUGAAUUCAAAGAAAGCAAAACUUAGAGAGCUCCGCGAUCAGCUUUCAAAACGGGAUGUUAGGAAUUUGCGAGAGGAGGAGGAAGAAUCCACAGACGAAACUGAGAUUUUUGAUGAAGUGAGUGAUGAUGAAAGGAGUGAGGAAGAAGCUGCAAAGGCUAUUACGAGCACUUCGAAGGGUGCUCCAGCAACUAGGGCUUGUGGUCGAAAGAGGUCUACACGAAAAUAGCAUCGAACAAAGUCAAGUGUAGAUUGGAGCAGUGAAAAUCAGUCUCCUGUCACGUUCGAUUUGAUAUCUUUUCUCUGGAAUAACUUCUAGGGGAAGUUUUUACUGUCUUGGGUGAUGAUAUUCGGUCCUUGUAUAGAUGGCUCUAAUGUAAAAUUUUCAACGCUUCUACUAGUUUUUAAUAGAGUAAUGAUA